GAUACCUCGACUUUGUCUUUUGCCUUUCCUGCGACACGCCUUUCCUGCUACACGCCUUUCCUUGCACACGCUUACUACAUCUUGCUUGCUGCGGCUGCCACACGCAACCGUUGUUGCAGUAGAACGUGGCGCAGAGCGCACCGUCAGCUGCGACCCCACCGCCAACCCAACUUAGCUUAGGCACUGGCCAUCCGAGCUGAGCACAGAACGUUGAGAGAUGUCCUCCUUGCAAUCGUUGAGGCAGUCCGCCUCGGGCGCUCUACCUUCUUUCAUUUCCAAACCGCUCGGGCUCUACCAGCCCUCAGCCACGGCACUCGAAGAUGACAUGCACAAAAUCUUCGCCCUCGUGGAUUACCUUCGCCUGCCUUCCCUCAAAGGCUCAAGCUGGACUAUGAUCGCAUUCACGGUGCUCAGCAUCGUUGCCACCAUCCUCAUACUGGAACAAGCCAACUACCGAUCUAAGAAGGCUCAUUUACCUGGACCGACAUGGACCAUUCCCGUGAUUGGCCAAUUCAUGGACUCUCUUCACCCCACCCUCGAAAACUAUAUGAAGGGCUGGAACUCUGGUCCACUCAGCGUGGCUUCUGUCUUCAAUAUAUUCAUCGUUGUCGCUUCAUCGAACGAGCACACCCGAAAGAUCCUCAAUAGCCCGACCUAUGCCGAGCCAUGCCUCGUCGCAUCGGCCAAGAAGGUUUUGUGCCCUGACAACUGGGUCUUCCUCAAUGGCAAAGUACACGUCGAUUACCGUAAGGGUCUCAACACCCUCUUUACACGCAAGGCUUUAAGCAUCUACCUGCCUAUUCAGGAGGAUAUCUACAAACGGUAUUUCCAAGAGUGGAUGGAUGACCCAAACCCCAAUCCGCAGCCAUAUAUGAUGCAAUUUCGCGACCUGAACAUGGAGACCUCUUUGCGCGUGUUCUGCGGCAACUACAUCUCCCCCGAAGGUGCCAAGCAGAUCUCGGAUAACUACUGGCUCAUCACUGUCGCCCUUGAGCUCGUCAACUUCCCAUUUGCCUUGCCCGGGACCAAGGUGUACAAUGCUAUCAAGGCGCGCAAGACGACGAUGAGAUGGUUCGAGCACACGGCUCGCGAGAGCAAGAAGCGCAUGGCCGAGGGCGGAGAGGUGAUGUGCUUGACAGACGCCUGGGUCAAGGCUAUGCUUGACGCACGGGAACAGAAGGAGAAUGCCGAUCUGGAGGCCGAGACGCGGAGGGUGCUGGUGCGCGACUUCUCGGACAGGGAGAUCGCAAUGGUCAUCCUCAGCUUCCUUUUCGCCUCCCAAGAUGCAAUGUCCAGUGGCCUCACGUACCUCUUCCAGCACGUUGCGGAUCGGCCCGACAUCCUCCGCAAGGUGCGCGAAGAGCAGUACCGCGUGCGUGGAGACGACAUCUACGCGCCGCUCACGCUCGACAUGCUCGACGCGAUGCCGUACACGCGCAUGGUGGUCAAGGAGAGCUUGCGCCUCAAACCGCCGGUGAUCAUGGUUCCCUACCUCACCCACAAGGCGUUCCCGAUCGACAAGAACUACACCGCGCCCAAGGGCACGAUGGUCAUCCCGUCCUUCUGGAACAGCCUGCAUGACCCGACCGCCUAUCCGGAUCCAGAGCAACUCAAACCGGAGCGCUGGCUGGAGGGUCCAGAGAGCCCGGCGGAGAAGAACCCGAAGAACUACCUUGUCUUUGGCUCUGGUCCGCACAACUGCAUUGGGCAUAAUUAUGCACAGCUGCACCUUGCUGCUGUGCUCGGUACCGCGUCUGUGCGCAUGAACUGGGAGCAUGAAGUCACCGACUUCAGCGAGAAGGUGAAGGUCAUCGCGACUAUUUUCCCGCAAGAUGGCGCGCGCAUCAAAUUCACACGACGUGCUGCACCAGCACCAGGUACUGCACCUGAGGUCGCAGCCCAAGCGUGAGGGUCCACACGAGAGAUACAUGCGCCUUGCUCUUGGAUAUUUGCCUUUGGAGAGUCAUUAGAAAGAGCUUGUUCCACCAUGUAGGGAUUUUGGUGGACUGGCAUUGGUUGUCAAUGCGCGCACCUCUUCCUAGCAGGGGCAUGCGAAUCGCACAAUCGGAGGAGAGAAGGCACCAAAGUCUCUGCUUUACACCAACAGCUGUGAUAGAUUGGGACCACCACCCUGCCACUUCACUAACGUUUCUAUCCAUGACUUGCGUGCAACUACUGCUAUGCUGUGCUUGACUGCUGCAAUUCUAUUGGAGCCGCUCGGCGGAGAGAACGGCGCCAUAAAGGGGAAAAAACAAGUCAGUCACUGAUGAGAUUGCCAGCAUCAACGCCACUUCCACCAUCACCACAUCAGAUCCCAUCAUCACCCGGCUGUCAUUUAACAUCUAUCUCUCAUAUGUAUUUCUCCUCACACCAUGGCCCAUUUCCUUUUCCC